AUGUACUCCAGGCGCUUCGAAACCUCCAGCCGGAGCUUCUCCAAGGGCCAUAAAGUGUCCAAAUCCAGCUCUUCCUUUAGCAAGGACAGUGGCAUUACUAAAAAGCGCCAUGAAUCUCGCCAUCGGAGACCGGCUACGGCUUCUAACCUGAGCUCUUCUAUUGUGACUCUCGUCGUCGGUGCCGAACAGAGACUUUUCGCCGCGCACGAAAACGUCCUCUCUUCGAGCCCCUUUUUUGACAAUGCCCUGCGAAACCUCUACACCGACCCCUCUGCCAAGAGAAUCUCUCUUCCGGACGAAGAGCCCGAGAUUUUCAGCUCGGUGCUGGAGUACAUGUAUAAAGGGGACUACUAUCCCCGCUUGGUGCACAACAAGCGGCGGGAUUCCUGGGAACUAGAGGCCAUAGGCAGUGAUGACGAUAAAAGGGCCGCAGAAAGCACAGUCUACCAUCGUGGCGUUGACGGUGACCUGCUCAAGGACACCGUCAUCUACUGUGCUGCUGAGCGGUAUGGCUUAGAUGAAUUGAAGAAACUGGCUCUGCGCAAGCAAGGUCUUCAAUCGGGCAUUCAGUGCAGCACCAUCUUGGCCUCCGCAAGAUAUGCAUAUGCCAACACCCCUGAUAGUGACUCAAAGCUGCGAGCCCAUUACUUGGCUCUAAUCAUUCGAUCUCGUAGCACCUUCAAGCGAAGUGGCACAAUGCAGCUCGAAAUGUUCAAUGGAGGCACUCCGCUCUUCUUUGACCUCUUUGUGGCUCUCUGCAACCACGUCGAUGAUAUUUCAUCUACACAGUAG